ACCAUUAAAUCAAUAUAUUGGUGUUGAUAAAUGUUUAAAAGAUUUUUUUUUGUAGAAAUUCCAUGGUUUUAAAGAAAGUUUAAAUGAAAAUGGGUCAAAACAUGACGAAUAAUAGAAUUGAUUAUAAAGUUAAGUGAUUAAUAUAAAUGGGAGAAAAGAAAAUCUGUAAUAAUAUGAAUAAAAAGGUGAUUGUCGGUGGUGUAGCAUUGAUUUGUUAUGCAAAUACAUUGUUUGGAAGCUUUGUAUUUGAUGAUACUGAAGCUAUUGUAAAAAACAAAGAUGUUAAUCCAAAAUCGUCGUUAAUAGAUGUGUUUAAAAAUGAUUUUUGGGGUGGAGAUAUCUCGAAAAAUACGAGUCAUAAAUCGUAUAGGCCUUUAACGAUACUUACUUAUAGAUUUAAUGCGUUAUUAAGUGAUUUUAACCCGAUGGGAUUCCAUGCUACAAAUAUAUUAUUAUACGUUAUACUCUGUAUCUUGCUCAUUCCACUGAUACAAUUAUUUAUUUUUGAGAAACAUUUAAAAAACGAAAUAAGUUUUUUAUCCACAUUGUUGUUUACGGUGCAUCCGGUUCAUACAGAAACCGUGGCAGCUCUUGUAGGUCGCGCAGAUUUACUUUGCUCAAUUUUUAGUUUAAUCACAAUUUUAUUGUACAAAAAAACAAUUCAAAAAGAUUCUGUGAUAUUACUUUUGGUGAUAAGUUUUAUUGUUUUCUUAGCAGUAUUAACGAAAGAAACUGCCAUUAUGGUUUUGGGGUUAUGUAGUGUUUAUGAUAUUUUUUAUACAAGAAUUUUUAAAAAUGGGGUUACUAAACGAUUCUUUUUCCGAUUUUUUUGGUUGUUAUUAACUGGAGUUGGAAUCAUGUAUUUCAGAUUAUGGAUUAUGAAUUUUGAGAGACCUAUUUUUGCUCCAGUUGAUAAUCCAGCGAGUUUUUCGAAUUGUAUUUUUACAAAGGUGUUCACAUAUAAUUACAUUUAUUUAAUAAAUUUGUUAUUAUUGAUAUGGCCCCAAUGGUUAUGUUUUGAUUGGUCAAUGGGAUGUAUCCCGCUCAUAGAAGAACCAUACGAUUACCGAGCAUUAUUUGUAAUAACAUUUUGGAUUUUAAUCGGAAUCUUUGUAUACUUACUCUACUUCAAUUCAAACAUUUCAAAAUCUUCGAAUUUCCUUGCAAUAUUUUUGCUCAUUUUGCCAUUUAUCCCAGCAUCGAAUGUUUUCUUUAAAGUGGGAUUUGUAAUCGCAGAACGCACGUUGUUACUUCCCAGCGUUGGAUAUUGCGUAUUAAUAUCAUUGGGGUUUAAAAAAAUAACAUGCAAAUUCAAAGAUAACAGAAAAAGAAAACUUUUAUACAAAUAUUUUUAUGGAAUUUGUGUAAUUUUCGGGAUACAAACGAUCCUUAGAAAUCAGCAGUGGUUAAACGAAAAAUCCUUAUUUGUAUCUGCGUUACAAGUUUGUCCAUUAAACGCUAAAGUACACUACAACAUAGCUAAAAUAGCCGCCGAUGAAGAUGAUAAAGAUUUAGCUUUAUUUGAAUAUCGAAAAGCAAUUGAAUUAAAUCCGUUUUAUGAGCAAGCAAUGAAUAAUUUAGCGAAUUUAUUAAGGGAAAAUCAAAAAUAUAAAGAAGCGGAAGUAUUAUUAAGAAAGGCGGUUAAUAUCAGGCCGAAUUUUGCAGCCGCUUGGAUGAACUUAGGAAUCGUUUUAACAAACUUAAAUCAAGCCAAAGAAGCGGAAUCUUGUUAUUUAAAAGCAAUACAACACAGAAAUAAAUACCCCGACUGUUAUUAUAACUUAGGAAAUUUAUAUCUCGAUCAACACAAACCGGAAGAAGCUUUAAACGCGUGGAAACAAGCCGUUUAUUAUAAACCAACACAUACCUCAGCUUGGAGUAACACUUUAGUGUUAUUGGAUAGUUUACAACAAUACGAAAAAGUAAUUGAUUUGGGAAACACAGCCUUAAUGUACAACCCAAAAUCGCCAGCUUUACAUUUUAGCAUUGCAAAUACCUUGGGGAAAAUGAGACAAUUUGAGAAGGCGGAAAAACAUUUUUUGGAAGCGAUUAAUUUUAAUCCUUACAGUGGGUUGUAUCACUCGAAUUUGGGAGUUUUGUAUCAUCGAUGGGGGAAAUUAGAAAAAGCCAGGGAUAUGUAUAAGAAGGCGAUUCAACUCGAUCCGAAUCUGAAAAGUGCUGAAAAUAAUUUAAGAACACUUUUGUAUAAAUCAAAUAAUAAAAUUAAUUAAAACCGA